AUGCGUGUCGCAGUGAGGACGCUGGGCCGGGAGUGUCCGCACCAGGCUGCGGAAGGCGAAGGGAGCUUCACAUCUGCUUACGAAGUAGUAUUUUUUGAACUCAACUACUGUGCAAGCUUGAAGAAUCUUGAAACUGUUUCUGGGAAGGAAAACUACAAGUUUAUACAGGGAGAUAUUUGUGAACCUGAUUUUAUAAAGCAACUCUUUGAAACUGAGAAAAUAGAUAUAGUUCUUCAUUUUGCAGCCCAAACACAUGUAGAUCUUUCAUUUUGGCAUGCGCUGGAAUUCACCUAUGUGAAUGUUUAUGGCACCAAUGUGCUGGUUGCUGCUGCACAUGAAGCCAAUGUGGAGAAGUUUGUCUAUGUUAGUACAGAUGAAGUAUAUGGAGGUAGCACUGAUGAGGAAUUUGACGAAUCCUCACCAAAACGUCCGACAAAUCCCUAUGCCUCCUCUAAAGCAGCUGCAGAGUGUUUUGUUCAGUCUUACUGGGAAAGGUACCAAUUUCCAGUUGUCAUCACACGGAGCAGUAAUGUUUAUGGACCACAUCAGUAUCCAGAAAAAGUUAUUCCAAAGUUUAUAUCUUUGUUGCAACAGAACAGAAAAUGCUGUAUUCAUGGUUCUGGACUUCAGAGAAGGAAUUUCCUUUAUGCAGCUGAUGUGGUAGAAGCAUUCCUUACUGUCCUGAAGGAGGGGAAACCAGGUGAAAUUUAUAACAUUGGAACUAACUUUGAGAUGUCCAUUGCCCAGCUUGCUAAGGAGCUAAUCCAUUUAAUAAAGAAGACGAGUUCAGAGUCUGAAAUGGAGCACUGGAUGGAUUAUGUUAAAGACAGGCCUACAAAUGAUCUCCGGUAUCCAAUGAGUUCAGAAAAAAUGCACAACUUAGGAUGGAGACCUAAAGUGCCUUGGAAAGAAGGAAUAAUGAAAACAAUUGAAUGGUACAGAGAAAAUUUCCACAACUGGAAAAACUCGGAGAAAGCUUUGGAGCCCUUUCCUGUAACAGACCCGUUCGCCCAGCUCAGUGGUCCAUAGUGUGGAGCAGAACCUGAAGGAGUUUUUUCUACCUCAUAUGGUCUUUUCUUCAAAGCCUGCAAUCAAGUGGCCACAUUAGACUUUUAAUGUGUUCAAGAUACAUGAACCAUGAUGAGUAAAGAAACACAGUAUGGCACAACUUUGGAAUGGUUUCAGCACUUUAUAAGUUGAUCCUCUUAGUUUCAGCUUUCAGUGCAAUACUCUCUUCUCACUAGGUAUUGAUUUAAAAAAAAACUGUACGGAUUGAAGAAUAUUUAUAAUGUUAUAAAUUAGUGUACUGAAGUAAAAUCUGCCUUAUUAAGAAUAAUUAACUGUGAUUGCAGCUUUUGGGACUUGGAGUUAAAUUUGUUUUUGUUUUGGAAUUACUCAUCUGUAUUAGUUUGUUUUUACAGUGUAAUAUAUAUAAUUUUUUGUCACUUCAAAGAGUUGGGUUUUAUUUUUAAUCAAGGGGAGAAAUUUCAUAUUUUUUUGAGUCUAUAAAUUGAUUUACAAAAGUUGGAUACAACACCUGUAUUUUUCUGUCCAUUUCUCUGUUGGUUCACUAUUAGCUUUUGUAGAUGACUGAUGAAACUUACCUACCCUGUAACUUUAA